AUGCAGGAAAAUCUCUGGCCUCUUCAAGCUAUUAUAGUUGAAAUACCGGUUCCAGUUCGAGAAUGGAAGAAUGCUGUGAUGUUAUUUGCUUGUCGGCUGUCGACGAGUAAACCCGAUCGUGAAAGAUUCUUGAACCUUGUUGUCAAGCAAAUUGAACGUUUAAUUGUAACUGGUAUUAGAAUACGAAAUUCUCGAGAUCAUAUUAUGUAUAACGUUCGUGUACAGUAUGCGGUUUUCGAUUUGCCCGCACGAGCUCAUUUCGUUAAUAUCGUACAAUAUAAUGGGUAUACCAGAGGUCAGUAUCAACAGACAAGUUUUCUUUCCGUACUCAGAUGUAAAAUACAAAGAAAAAGAUAACAAGUUUUAUGUUCAAAUGUCGUCACAAGCCACUCAGCAUCAUAGUAUACAAGGAGUGAAGGGUACAACACCCCUAUCAUCUAUUUUAUUGUUACCGCUCCAAUGCCCAUAUGAUGAGAUGCAUCUUGUUUAUCAUGGACAUUUAAAAACGCUUUUAAAUUACUGGGAUCAAAUGUUCGCAAAAACGUUCACUGAUGCAACGCCUGUUUUAUUAUCUAUAAUUCUUCCACAUUCAUUCAAAUCUUAAUAUUCUCCUUUAGUCAAUUUUAAUGUAUUGAAGGCUAAACUUUUACGUGCUUUUUUUUUAUAUUCUGCUGCUCCAUUCAGUGUUUUCUUCCUUCCCGACAAAUAUGCCUGUCAUGUUCUGUUAUAUUUUGUUUUCAUACGAGUUUUACAUUUUUUUCCUGAUAAGAGCCUGUUGAACGGAAUCGAUUGUUUCUUCGAUGAAUAUCAUAGGAACGUAGCAUCUUUAUACGGUGAACACUCAUAGCUUGGUACAUUAAACUUUCGCCAGCAUCUUCCAACUUACGACCACGCUGCGCUAUGUUUUACGUCUUGUUUCAGACGGGAGUCGUACUUAAGUGAUGCGCUUCGGUGGUGUCACGGAAAACGUUACGUUCUCAAACAACUUGUCACAUGGUAUGAGAUCAAUCAGAAUACAUGUGAAAGCUCCUCUUUGUCUUUUAAUGAUGUUUUUCUAAAAGAAAACUUGUUGAGAGAAGCAUGUGUUUCUCAGAUUUUUAUGGAUUCGAUUUUACCAGUUUUCACUGUUUGUACCAAUGAAAUAAAUAUAGAUAUAUUUAGUAAUUUUACAACCGCCUUCUUGGUUACUAGAGACUCAGACAGAAUUCAUUCCUUCGGAAAUGAAUUCUGUCUGAGUCUCUAGUAACCAAGAAGGCGGUUGUAAAAUUACUAAAUAUAAUUAAAUUUAAGUCGAGUUUUAUAUACAAAAAUAUAGAUAUAGAUCAGUGUAGAUAUUUUUCUGUAUAUACUCGUGGUUUACUGUUUUCCAAUCUGUAGCAUAUUCCCGUAGAGGAAAUGCAAUCGGUCACUAUGUUUCAGU